AUGGCCAACCCCGGAUUUGGCGCAACAUUGACUUGCUUUGCGCCUGUCCGAAUCGCCAUUUAUUGUGAACCUGGUUCCAACGGCGGCGAAGCGCGAGGCGCCUGUGAGCUAGGCCGGGAAUGCGAUCAUGCCACCGUCCAUCACGUCUGUCAUGCAACGCACCCGGAAGGGGAUGCCAGAUCAUCGCCAGAACAGCAAAGCAGUGGCCGGGGGGGUCUCUCGCUUCAAGUUCGGGUCCAGGCAAUAUUGCUUCAGUCGCGUAUCAGAGCUGGCGCCAAGUUGGCUGUUCUUCGUUCCCUGGCAACUGAGAGCGCUCCUGUAGCCAAGAGUAAAACCUAUGGAUCAACCAAGGGUAGCAUCGUCGACGGCUGUUUGCGCUUAUGCGACGCGCCUAAGGCUUGUGGCCGUAAGCGCUUGGAGACAUCAUGGCUUUUGAUGAGGUUGGUUACGAAGGAUUUUGGCGCUGUGGAGUGGGAAGGCAAGCUUCGAUUAGCGCCCGAGCGCACUGGCCGCACUUUGUUCUGA